CUUUCCAGGGCGGUAGGCAGGCAUGGCCGAGGCGGGAAAUGUGGCCUCGGGCCUCGGGCUUCCAGGAGACGUUUCCCAGUGGCCUCUGAAGCGCUAUGGCCGCUUCAUGCUUUCGGACACUGGGGAGUCGCCUGAGCCUAGCUUGGAAGCUGCUGCAGGGCCCUCCCCCACGUGGAAGGUUUUUGACUCCAGCGAAGAAACUGGAUGUCUUGUUCUCACCAUCGUGAUAUCAGGUCACUUCUUCAUUUCCCAAGGGCAGACGCUGCUGGAAGGGUUUUCGCUCAUUGGCAGCAAGAGCUGGUUGAAGAUUGUAAGACGCAUGGACUGUCUUCUCUUUGGAACAACACUAAAGGCAAGAUGCUGCAGAGCCACGUGGCUGGCCACGUUUACACUAAUGCCCCACUCUUCCCAUUGCUGUAACAAGAGCCGCAUGUUUCGUGUACAGUUUAGUGGGGAGUCGAAGGAGGAGGCGCUGGAGCACUGCUGCAGCUGUGUGCAGACCCUGACCCAGUAUGUCACUGUUGAGGUACCUCCUGACAGCAUCACGCAGGAGCUUCCGCAGGGCCCAGGCCCACAGGAGGCAGGAAAAAGCCAAGGGAAGGACCCACUGCAGCAGCGGCCCUUCCUCUUCUAACGCCAUGUUCUUCUGCAACAACAGGUGUGUAUGGCAGCUGGCACUGGAGCUUUGGAGGGAAGGACUUCAGUGAUCCACCUAGCUCAGUCUAUCCUGGCAUCGGAGAAGCUGAACCUAACCUAUCAACAGUCUUCAUGGGGAGCAGAAGAAUUGGGCCCCUUUCUACGCUUAUGCCUCAUGGAUCAAAACUUCCCAGCAUUUGUGGAAGAGGUGGAGAAGGAGCUUAAGAAGAUCACAGGGUUGCGAAACUAAAGCCCUGCACACAUAUGCAAUUAAAGAACUGAAGGUAUUUGAAUAAAGAGUAU